GGCAUUUGGCAACAUUACACGCCGCGAGAAAAGCGCAUAUCGCUGAAAAGUGAAAUGCUGAAAACUGAAACGCUGAAAACGACGAGAGCGCAACGCAGUCCUCACAAAAACUCCGUUCCAGAGUGUUUAAAAUUAGACGAAUUUCUUUUGAAUCCUCGUUAUAGUUUCAUUCCGACUGAAAUUCUCGCAAACAAGAAAGUUCACCAAGAUAUCAGUGCGUAGUGUUGUGUGUGCGGAAAAAUUUGUAGAAAACCAAAGAAAAAUAUGCCUUCUUUGUCAUCUCCGACACAAUCAAUGGAUACUGUAUAUCCAGAACCCAUGUCCAGACUGAACCGUAGGGUGGUUCCAAAAAAAAGGAGAGGUGGUUCUGCAAGGUAUCGUACACAACCGGUGACUUUUUCGGAAAUUCAGGAGGUGGACGAAGAAAACGUCACGGAAGACGCCGUUCCCGAAUCGUCAACCUCGAAAUCUGAGCUGAGCCUUCUGAUCAACAAGAAGUUCGAAGAGUUCAAAAAGAACAGAGACAUCGACAUCCUCCUCAGCAGCCAGACCGAUGACAACCAUUCGCCGAUCGGCAACAUAAUGACGAAAAUUAACGCACCCACCCUCACUACUUCUAGGUCUAUAGGACGGUUGCCUUCUCGACCGUCAUUCUGAAGAAAACUCAUCGAAUACGUAGGUUUAUUUAUUUUAGGGUAAAAUAAGAGAAUAUACACUAUAUACAGGGUGGGUCACGGUCGAU